AUGUCGACUCAAAACACUUUCGAAGAAUUGGUUCCUCCCGAAAUUUGUUUUCAGAUCUUUACCUAUCUCGAUUUUCGAUACAUGAUGCAACAAAUUCCGAAAGUGUGUUCCUCAUGGAGAAACGUCAUUAUUACUCGAAUUCACACCAUUCAUAUUUAUCCAAAUGUGGAAAAAUAUAUUUUUCAAAAUUCGCUUUAUGAUCGACAGCAUGCUUUUGAAUCCAAAAAUAAUGAAAAUGGAACAAAUCACAUCAAGAUUGAUGACCUUAAUAUUGAAAAAGACAUUUUUCCAUUCAUUUCCUAUUUAACUAAAUUCAUUCAAAGCAAUUCGAUGAAAGUUUACCAUUUAUUUAUUCAUGGAGAUUUGAAACAAACACUUUUAUUACACAAUCAUUCUCGUUUUAUUCAUCAAUCUUUGAACGGUGGUGGAAAAAUGGAAUUUACAUCUCGAUUCGAACAAGAAUCUGAAACAUUUUUACAAUUACUGAACGAAUAUGGAGAAUAUUUUCAAAAUUGUUAUACAUGGCCUCUUUUUAACAUGCAUUCGAAUUUGGAUGGAACGGUUUCGAGUUCUAUGGUGAGAUUAUGUGAUUGUAAUGUUGUCAUUGACUUGUUGAAAAGUGUGUCACAUUCUUUGAACACUUUGGUGAUUAAGAACAUACAAGGAAAUUACCAUUUUGCAUCACAACUCCAACAAUGUUCCAAGUUGAAAAUUCUUGUUUUGGAGGACGUGACUCGAACGUAUCAUUUGGAAUUGCCUGGAUUAAGAUUUCUCUACUGCAAUGAUAUUUUUUAUGUGAAUAAUUCGUUCGAAACUCCAGAAUAUUUUCAUGUGAAUUCCAAUCUUACGAAUUUUUCUGACUCUUGUCGACAUGUUUCUUUUUGUGCCAAUAACAUGUCACUGAUCCAGCUUGAAAAUUUUCUCUCUCAUCAUUCAAAUUACAUUGAAUCAGCAAAAAUUGCAAUUUGUAAGAAUGAAUAUUCUGUCUCCAAGAAGGAAAUGACGAAAAUUGUAGAAAAAUUAAUGGAAUGCAUUUGUUUAAUGCCCCGAUUGAAAUGUCUCGAUUUGUCAUUGGACAUGAUUUUUGACAUUUGCAUGUCAUAUUAUCGAGAUGGAGAAGAGAAAGUUUUUGUUGUAAAGAAAACGAUGAUUUUGAUGGCCCUUCAAGGUCUCAAAGAAUUGAGAUUGAGUGGAAGCUCCUUUCUUGGCAAUGGAUUUGAUGCAUUUCUUGAAAAGAUGAUUCACUUGGAGUCACUGGCGUGCGCUGUAUGCAAUGAAGUGGAUGAAGAAAUACUUUUUGGUUUAUUGGAAACAUGUUUGAAAAAGUUGAAACGAUUGGAGUUGCAAAUUUCACAACCUUCGUACUGCACAUUGAGUCCCACACUCUUGAAACAUUUGUCUCAAUUUCUUGUGAAUCAUUCUGAAACGAGUGCAUUGACUCAUAUUUUAAUCAAGAAUUUGGAUGCUGAAAACUCUGAUCCUUUAAUGGACAUGCUGAAUGAUUUAUACAAGCACUAUGAACAGAAUCGACCUUCCAGUCAAAUACUUCAUUUGGGGUUCCAAUUUCGUAAAAAACCUUCGCAGCAAGCAUUGGAUAGCAUUACCCACCAAUGUAGACAUUUCAUUAAGGUUCACAUGAUGAGUCAUGACGCCAUCGAUACCGAUCCAUUCAUUCCAUUCGAUAUUGACUAUUCAAAUUCACAACAAAUGGAUCAAGUCGUGUCAAAACGAAAUGAGUUCAAACAACUAAUUGCUUGUUCGAAAAUCACAUGCUUGGCGUGUGGAAUGGUUUUGAAUCGAAAUGACUAUGAAGAACAUUGUCAAAGAUUUCAUUACUCACAAGAUUUAAUGUAUGAUCACUCGCUCAAAAGAAGAAUGGAUUUCAGUAACUAUGAGAUUCAAUGUCCAUCUUGUCAUGCUGAUGUACGGAGAUGUGACUUUGAUGAGCAUGUCGAGAAUGUUUGCUCUAGAAAUCGAGUCAAAUUAUGUACAGAACCUAGAAAAACGUUCCAACAAAUCAUAUCGGAAUAUCAGUCCAUCCCUUCCAAUACUGAACAACAUGACAACCAUUUGUAA